AGCAUUAUCAUUAACUGUGUGAGGUGUGUUUGUUUACAUGUGAUUCUAUGGUGAAUUGACAGUAGCUAUGACACUUAGCAUUUUUUCUUAAAAAAAUUGGUUAACUAUUAUUGUCCAGUGUGUUUGAAGAAUACAUCAACGUCCAUAAUGAGUGACACACUGACAAAGAAAAUAGGAGCACCGGAUUUCGCUCCUGAGAAGUUUGUUAAGGAGUUGACACAACAGUGCGUUGGUGGAAUAGAACUGCAGCAACAACGGCAGAAGAUCCAGCAAUUAGCAGAUGAAACGAACAUACUCCUGAAGAAGAAUGUGUACCACAAUUACAUGCAGUUUAUUGAGACUGCAAAAGAAAUUUCUCAUCUUGAAAGUGAAAUGUAUCAACUGUCACAUAUGCUGACAGAACAACGCGCUCUUUUGUCUUCAUUAGCUUCUAUGUCACUGUUAGGUGAUAAAAUUUCUAGUGCACCUCAGGAAGCCGAAUCAGAAACAGAUCCCAAAUCUCCUCAGGAGGAUGGUGAAGAGGAGAGGCGUCGCCGUCUUACUGCAAUUCUAGAAAAAGUUGAAGGAUGUAUGGGACUGCUAGAAACACCAGGGAGAACUGUUCUACAUGAGGGUGAUGUACUAGAGCUGGAUCCAGUUGAGAACACUGCUUUACAAAGGGUGCAUGCAUACCUGCUUAGUGAUGGUCUUAUGCUAGCCACGUGGAUACCUAACAGACGAGGUCCUGUACGCUACAAAUUUCAAGCCAUCUAUGAACUUGGCAGUCUUGCUGUAGUAAAUGUCCGUGACAUGGGUAAUGUGAAAAUGGCUUGGAAGCUUUUGGCAUUUCCAGAUACUCGAGUCUUCCAGUGUUCCAGCAAUCAGAGUAAGGAAGAAUGGCUGGAAAAAUUUGACCAAGCUAAAAAGGCACGCCUUGCUCAGGAGCAGCAGAAAAGGGAAUCUGCAAAUACAGGUAGUGCCUCAUCUCCAGUGAAACCAGUACGAUCGGAAUCUAUUGACUCGUCAACUAACCCAUUUGAGGAUUCAGAGGACAGUAUUCCUGAGCUGGAACUACCAGACUGGCUUUUAGAAGUACCUGAAGACCUUGAUGUAUGCAUUGCCCAGCGCCAUUUUGAAGAUGCUUACAAUUUGCUUGAACGAGCCAGAGAUUUUCUGGACAAAAAUUCUGGUAGAGGCAGUGAUGCAGUAAUUAUUGAUAUCCGACGAAAGGUAGAAACUCGUGUGAAAGCACUGACUGAUGUGUUAACAAAGGAACUGACUGUUUCACCUGACAAAUCAUUGCAAGGAGGACUGAGAGCUGCAAGGAGAGCAGUUAGAUUGCUAAACAAGUUAUCAUGUUCUACUCAGGCAUGUGAUUUGUUCCUGAAGCUGUGUUCUAGUAUAUUGAAAGCACAACUAAAACAUGUUAAGCGAGAAGGAGCCACUGUACUUUAUGUACGUCAGCUUGGAGGCAUAUUCUUCACAAACUUGGCUGAUAUGGCCCGUGAGUUUCUGCGUGCUUUUCCAAACUCACCGAGUUGCGCUUCAGCAUUUGUGGUCUGGGCAAGUUCUGAGCUCACUUUAUUCACAUCUCAUCUUAUAAAGCAGGUUUUCAUGCCACAGUCUGCUAUAACAAGCCUUGCAGAAAGUGUAACUUGCAUCAGAGGCCAGUGUGACCAGCUGUGUGAACUAGGCCUGGAUUUACGUUAUCAAUUGGAUGGCCAGCUGCGUCAGCCUCUAGUGCGACUGUUGCGUGAGACACGAGAAAAAUUAGUAGAUGCUGUGAAGAUGCGUGCUGUUGAAGACCGUUGGCGUCCAACUAACCUGCAGAACAAAGCAGGUCUACAGCGUUUCUUGCAGGAAAUGUCUGAAAUCGGGAUUGAGAAUCUCGAGUCACAGGUAACAGGUGAGUGCUGGGUUAAUUUAACCAGUAGCACUGUAGCGUUCACUAAGCUCUACCUGCCACUGCUGGAUGACUGCCUGAGGCUGUCCACCCCUGAGCUCCAGCACACUGUCGAUGAAGUUUUAGGCGAUGUGUUUCAAGCACAGCUCAAACAUGUGGAAGCUUCAGUGGCCAGUGACAAGCUCCGUGCUGAGAGACCGUUCAUUCACAAAAAUGCUGUGUUCCUCUUCGAUACACUGUUGAAAUUAGUAGAACAGCGUUAUGCAGAAAAGAUUGGUCAUCCUUGUGCGAGGUUAAUUUCUCUACGUGAUGAGUAUUCGUGGCUGAAGGGUGAAGGCCACUCUCGUAUGUCAUCAUCAAGCAGUAAGGCAGCCAAAAAAUACACAUCCCCAGAAUUUGUAUGAAAGAAACUUUUGUAUUUAUCAAUUUUUGAGAAGUUAUAAACAGAUUUUGGUACCCUGAAAAAUAGAGCAGUAUGUACACUUGUAUGUGCCAGUGCAAGUGGCAUGUGUGUUUACAUUCAUAGAAAUAACAGGCUACAGCUCAGUGAUAAUGUAGAAAGAAAGCAAAACAUGAAGAAAUCAAAACAUCUCAGUGAAUGUAUGAAUUAUUAUUAUUAUUGUCAUUAUUAUUAUUUGUAAAUAUUUGGCAAACUGUUGCUGUUGCUCCUGAAAUGAACUGUUAUUUACUGUAGUAAAUAAAGAUAACUAAGUGCAGUUUUCUUUACAGUGUACAUAAAUGUGUAAUUUUGGAGAUUUAUAUCAUAAUUUUCAUAACAUUUUGGAUUGAAAAAAAAUGUGUAUUUUAUUUAUUUAUCAGAAUAAAGCACUAAGAUACAUGCUGUCAGAAAGUUAUGAAAUAUAUAAGGUCAUUAAGUGCCUUCUUAGUGUGAUCUACUUCAUAUGCAUUCAUCUACUGAUUUAUAUUUCAUAAUUGCUC